GAUUGUUGUUGUGGCAGCAAGUUCCAUCGCAACGCGCGCGCCAAACCUGUUCAUGUGGGUGCUGGACGUCGAGUCGGAGUCCAUGUCGUUGCACCUGGUACAAGGAGAGUGGACAUUAGGGCGCAGCGGGAACGUGUUCAACUUCCCGAAGGAUAAGUCCAUCUCGCGCAGCCAUGCCGAGUUUCAAGUGGGCGGGCUCGAGGAUCUGGAAAACGUCGCGGAGCUGCCGUCGUUUGUCCUCAUCGACAAAAAAUCCCGCUUUGGGACGUACCUGAACGACGUGCAAGUGAAUCCGAACACACCGAUGCCGCUUCGAGCAGGGGACAAGAUUUCGUUUGGUGCCAAAAGCACAAUCCUCCGAGUGCGGUACCUGAAGAUGGUCGCGCGAACGUCUCGCAUUCAGAAAGCGAACCGAAAGAAGCUCCUGGAGGGAUGCAAGGCGAUUGGAAUACAUCACGUGACCGCGGCCGUUGACGAUGUCAACUACUGCAUCACGGACUCUGGCAAGUUUGUCGCGACGGAAAAGGUUCUGUGGGCAAUGGUGCAUAAUCACCCGAUUGUAUCGUCCGAGUGGGUCCAAGCAGUCUUGCGACGGAAGUCCAUGGCAGAGGAACUUCCAUCUUGCGAGGCAUUCCUUCCCCAGCCCGACGCUUUGUCCGCCACCGAAGAGAAGGUACUGCCAUCGUACUCACCCGAUCCCCGCCGCUUUUCGCUCUACAGCAACUUCCUGGUCGUUUUCCUCACGCCAUCAUCAAUGGAAUCGCUCCUUCCUGUCAUGGGGGGCGAAGUGUUCCCAGCGUACACGUCCCACGAGAGCGAUGAAUUCCUUGUCGACUAUCUUCGCAAGUCCUCCCGUGAUCACGUAGUCAUCGUCUAUCCAAGCACAUCAGGAGAUGGCGGGGUCGCGUCGGAAAAACAACAGCCAUCCACCCACCCAACGAAACAAACGUCAUCCUUCCAGUCCUGCUCAAGGCAGGGACGUGGUGCCACUCCAUGUGAAUGGGAUUCUGCCUUGCUGCGGCGACUGCAGCACUUUCAAGCGGCGCAUUUUGCCUUGGUUCUCCAUCAAGAACUUGCGGCCAGCAUUAUCUUCACCAAGCCCCCAACCACCAUGUCGGACGAGACUGUGUCGCAGUUGAUCGGACCAACGUUGCACCAUCAAAUCGUGUCCGAGUCGGCUUCCGUUGCGUCGGUGCAAGCAGCAGCCAACGCUUUGGACGAAUGCGCCAACCAGUCUGUUGAGGAGACACCCCAGCCACGACCGCGUCGAGUGUUGGAGAUUCCAACGAGGCAACUCGCCGAGCCGUCGCCAGCGGACGUCCUGCAACCGAGCAAGUCAUCUCUUUCAACGAGGCAAGAGCUCGGAAGGCAUAUUCGAUCCAUGGAUCCUUCCGUGCCAAUAUUCCAGUCUUUGAAGCCACCACGGGCAUCCGACCGCAUCGUUCUCGAGAACCAAGCUCCUCCUGCAUCGGCCGAAACUCUUGACGACUCGGUGGCGGAAACGCGCUGCUCGUCCAAGUCUCUUUUGAAACACUCUGCCACGGGUCAGCAGGACAAACGCCAUCGCGCAAACCUCCAUUUAGCUCACGCCACCCUUCCAGCACACCACGACGACCCUCUCUCUAUCGAAAGCAAUUCCACACGGCCACCCCAACGUCCAGAGCCACCUGCGCGCCCCAUCGCAUUCGACCUACCCUGCCACCCAUCCAAUGACGUGGACUGGAGACGUAAACCGUUGAAGCGAACGUUUGGAGAGCACCGUCAAGCACCAGUGGAAAAUCCUGAAGAAACAGAAGUAUGCAUUGGUGCGGCCGUUGUUGUCUUCGAGCCGCUCGUCGUUCGCCGCUCAAGUUCCCAAGGAACCCCAGCCCAUCACAACGAAGGCAUCGACAUCACAGCCCACGUCCGGUACCUGCCCCGAAACACCGCGUCGCUUCGGCCGCCGCCGCCAUCCACCGCGUACAACGCAAAGAAGUUCCGCAAGAAUCACGUCGUGGCCAUGCCUGUGCGCCGUCGCCUCGUCACGAAAUUCACGAACGUUGUGCCUGUCAACUUGGAGCAUCGACGGGAAUUUGCCAGGCAGGACGAAGAGCUCGAAGCGCGGGAGCGCCUGGCGGAAGCUCUUUUUACGUCCAACAUGCCUGGAACCAACAAAACAGGAUCCCGGAGUCGACGGUAGGCGAGAGAGUGUCGCCCACAAAAGACAACACAACCUCGAGAUGCGGUCGCCCGUUGCUGAGCCAUGCCGAGACGAAUUUGCAGCAACGAACGCACAAGAUAUGUUUGCCCUUUAGUUGAAUAAAAACUGCUUGGCGACUUGCAAAGAUUGCCCAUGCAGUUGCUCGAUGG